AUGCGCUUGUCCUCAGAGGACGCCUUGGCUUCGCUGCGCGGCCGCUUGGGAAACUUAACGCUCAAGCGCCUGAAAGACCAUGCCUACUCACGACAGAAGGCGCUGAGCUGUGAGACAUCUCAAGCGCUUGUUGCAAUGAAAACUAGAUUGGAAGCUGGGAGACCUGUUGAAGUUGCAGAGAAAGACAUGGAACAAUGGUUUGUUCACACCGACGCUGCCUAUGAAAGAGACGCAAAAACCGGAGGCUUGGUUGUGGAGUUGAAGCUCACAGUAGUGGAGGGCGUGCUACCAUAUUUUCAGGAAGAUGAAGAGGAGGGCAGCUCACGUGGUUGUUGGGCAAAGUUUCGACGUGGUGUGAUGUGGGCACGCGCUUUCUUUAUGAGGUUUGGGAUCUCAAUUCAACGCAGUUGCGUGGUUCGGGCCUAUGACAAAUUUCUUUUUCUGUGGCUUGAACAUUUUGGCCAGAACCACAUCCCUAGCGUGGGGACGCUAUGCGCUUUGGUCAUCGCGCAUCAACGUUUGCCCGACAAGGGGGACGUGGCUAAAGCUUGGGCCGAGGAAGCGAGAGAGGUACUUGGAGAUCCCUUGCAAGAAUGGCCUUUGCCAGCGCAUGACUUCAUCGAUGCAGUUCACCGAUGGGGUUCCCUCCGAAGGGAGGAGGCCGUGGAACUAAUCCUUGAGAUUGAGACAGCGCUUGCAGCACCACCAGAACUCAAGGACAAUGUAGGAGAGGAUGCUCGCGCGCCUGAGAAACAUGUGGAGGACACUUUAAGAGAGUAUGCGCCCGUACCUGAGAAGCAGGUGGAGGGCGCAGCUGCGGAUAAGACUUCAUUGGCGUUGAAGAGAAGAGCGCAUCCAAAGCCCAAGACGAAGCCCAAGGACAAUGUAGGAGAGGAUGACCGUGUACCUGAGAAGCAUGUGGAGGACAACGAAAGAGAGGAUGCACCUGUUCUUGAGAAGCAGGUGAAGGCUGGGGUGAAGGUAAACACAACUUCAAGACUCAAGACAAUGAAGACAAGUAUCCUUCUUAUUUGUAAUGAUUCCUCCAGCCUCCAGUGGCCAAGGCGUCCUCAGUGA